GAUUGUGAGUUCCCAACAGAUACCAGAGUGAAUCCACAGUUAUUGUUGGUGAAAGGACCAUCAGGACAUCUGACAAGAACUGGUGGUUUUAGACUGAGUAAUACAAUUCAGGCACACACAUUGGCUGUCAGCAAUAUUGCACUCCAUCCACGUAAACAGAUCUUAGCAACAGUCAGUGAUGAUCACAUCUGGAAGAUGUGGGCUGUACCAAAUGGUGAUAUCAUUAUGACUGGUGAAGGACACACUGACUGGGUGUCAGACUGUGAUUUCCAUCCUAGUGGUGCACAGUUAGCAACUGCUAGUGGUGACAGAACAGUUAAGAUAUGGGAUUUCUCCAAAGCUGAGUGUGUCCAAACUUUUACUGAUCACACCCAUGCAGUAUGGGGCUGUUCAUUUCAUCAAUGUGGUGAUUUCAUAGCUUCAUGUUCUAUGGAUAAUACAUCUAAAGUAUGGGAUCUUAACAGUUUGCGGUGUCGUUACACUCUACGUGGCCAUGCUGAUUCAGUUAAUAGUAUAAUGUUUUUACCAUAUUCCAAUACAUUGUUGACAUGCUCUGCUGACAAGACUAUCUCAUUAUGGGAUGCCAGAACUGGUUUAUGUGCUCAAACAUUUUAUGGACACAUCCACUCAGUGAAUCAUUCCACUUUCAACCUGCGUGGGGAUACCGUGGCAUCAUGUGACUCCUAUGGUAAUGUGAAAUUAUGGGACAUCCGUACUGUUGCACCCAUGGCUAACAUUGACAUGGGACCACAUCCAACAAAUCGAGUGGCAUUUGAUCCAGCUGGUUCGGUUCUAUCAAUUGCAAGUAACGAUGGUAGCAUUAAGAUGUAUGAAGUAGCAUCUGGGCAGAUUACCAGUUUAAUUGGACAUGAAGAUGCCACUCAGACUGUGGUGUUCGAUAAGACCGGUGAAUUCUUGGUGUCUGGUGGCUCUGACUGCACUGUCCGAAUCUGGUCCUAAAAGAAAUUUGAAUUGAUCCACUACACCAAAAAAUGGUCAUGUCAAUUUUGUAUUUAUAUAAAUUUUUGUAGCUAAACUUUUAUGUCUCAAUUCUGUAAUCAAGUAAGUCAAGUUGCCGGUUAUAUCAAAAUACAUGGUUUAAAAACACUUUGCAGCAAUCUUAAAUUUAAUUGUUGCCAAGUAAUACGGGUGUCUGCUCAACUAUGGGCAUUUGUGCCACAUAAAAAGGUGUAUUUCCUUAUAGGAGGGCACACCUGUCUAUAUUAGAGUUGUAAUACUGUUUGUUGCAUUGAUUUGUUACAUGCUUCACUGAACACAUAUCUUCCAAUUAGAAUGCAUUUGAGACAGACAAUAAAAGUUAUGCAUCUUCACAAAAUUCUACAACAUAGUAUAUUUCUGUGUGAUUUCAAUUUAUAAAUUGUAUGCAAUGUUUUCUAUGUAUAUUGAUUACUACAUAUUUAGGUUUAAUAUUUGUAAAUAUUGUAUUAUUUGCUGUUAUAAAUAUCCUUUAAAUUAACAUGU